CUUUCCACCGCAUUAUCGACAGUGUGCGCGGCGAGAAGCCAAUCUCGCGCGCCUUGAUCAUCUGGGCCAUUUGCGGCCUAGGCUGGGCACCAAGCCAACAUCCGAGCUCUCAUUCCCUCCCCUAUCCCGUCCGCGCCCACGCUCUCCCCAGCACAGCGUUGCCCUCGCCUCAGCUCUGCCCUCCGCAGCCGCCGUCUGAGAACGUUGCCGUGACGGUCGCUGGCCCGCAAGUCCAACUCGCUCUCACGCCCCGCCGCUCCUUACCCGCCUCUCCGCUCACCCGUCUCUGGCACGUCCUCUGCCGCAACGCAGGAACGUCGCACCAUCUCACGAGCACUCGACGCAUCACCAGCGCACGCCGUUCCACCCGCAACCGCUCCAACACACGGCCCUACGCCUCUCCUUGCCAUUCUUAGCCGCUCUCUCCCCGCAACCGCACCUCGCCCAUCAUGAUGGCCGCUGCACCCUACGAAAUCCGCACUGGCGGCGACGGAAAGAGCAAGAAGCAGAGCAUGGCCGAGCUGAAGCUGCGCCGCCUUACCGAGCUGAACCAGCGUUUGCGCGAGGACCUCGAGCGCCGCCGGAUACCCGUAUCGGAGGCUGCCAUUGACCUUAUUGCAUUCACGGACAAGGAGCCCAAGGAUUGGAUGGUACCAUCGCGAUGGGGAACGAUCGACAAGCGGGACGAUCCCUACGCGCCCCAGCAGAGCAACGGCUGCUGCAUAGUAAUGUAAACGACUCGAGAUGGCGGGUGUCAUGUCCAGCAACGGCGUUCAUGCGGAGCCUUUCACGGCACACUUUUCAUAUACCUUUUUGGGGACGGCGGUGGAUAAUACCCAUGGUGGUCAAAACGCGGCCUUCUUGGACCGACCAUGUACUUUCAGCAAUGUGUAAAUUACGGGAAAGCGUUACUGCCUGCCCUUGCAGCGCAGCGGGGACCAGCUUCUGGGUGUGUUUAGUCGAUUCAGCCUUGCCAGGUAUUUCAGUAUCAAGGAAAAGCAAGAGUUCUAAUUCAUCACGCUCAGUGU